UGAAAGGGAAACCCAUCUAAUCCCAAAAUCCAAUGAUCCUAUCUUCGUCAUCAACUCAUUGGUGGGAAGGAUGUGUCUAUCUAUCACCAUUUGCCAACCCCACUCUUUCCUCUUUUUGUUUUCCCCAUUAGUUUCUUGUACUUUUUCACUAUCCUUUGUUUAUUAGUUUCUUACACACCCAACCAUGGCGAAGAAGGCAAUUAUGACUACUACCACAUUCACUCUUACAAACACUACGACUUUCGUGACAAGCGCCUAAGUACAACAAACCUUUAGAUCCAACCACCCAUUUUAUAUAAGUAACUAAUAGUCUAAUAGCACCGCACAUCCAAACAAUCACCAAAAUCCUCAAAGAAAAAGAAAAAAAACACAGACACAGACACAGACACAGACACACAAUAUGAGUUCUGUGAAUCUGAACAUAUGGGCACGACCCAAUUUUAUGUUCAAUCAAGCCAUCAGAUUCAGAUCCCCAACUUUUCUACCCAUUUCUUCCAUUACCACCGCAAAACCACAAAGGCAUCAACUUUACUCUUUUUCUUCUCUCUCAGUCUCGGCUGUGCUCACUAAGGAAGAAACCCUGGAAACGGAAGAGAAAGAGAAACCCAGUUUCAAUUUCAAGUCCUACAUGGUUCAGAAAGCGAGCAGAGUGAACCAGGCCUUAGACGACGCCGUUUCGCUACGAGAACCGCAGAAGAUCCACGAGGCCAUGCGGUACUCGCUCCUCGCCGGCGGCAAGCGCGUGCGCCCUGUGCUCUGCGUCGCCGCCUGCGAACUAGUCGGCGGAACAGAAUCCAUGGCGAUGCCGGCGGCCUGCGCCGUCGAGAUGAUCCACACCAUGUCGCUUAUCCACGACGACCUUCCCUGCAUGGACAACGACGAUCUCCGGCGAGGGAAGCCGACAAAUCACAAGGUCUUCGGCGAGGAUGUGGCGGUCCUCGCCGGCGAUGCCUUGCUCGCCUUCGCAUUCGAGCACAUCGCUGUCUCCACUGCCGGCGUGCCAUCUGCUAGGAUUGUCCGGGCAAUCGGAGAACUGGCUCAGUCCAUUGGCUCCGAAGGCCUCGUCGCCGGACAAGUGGUGGACAUCAGUUCCGAAGGGUUAUCCGAUGUGGGGUUGGAGAGGCUCGAGUUCAUUCACCUUCAUAAAACGGCGGCGUUGCUGGAAGGUGCGGUUGUUCUUGGUGCGAUUCUAGGUGGUGGUUCCGAUGAAGAGGUUGAGAAGUUGAGGAAUUUUGCAAGGUGCAUAGGGUUGCUAUUUCAGGUGGUGGAUGAUAUUCUUGAUGUUACUAAGUCAUCACAAGAAUUGGGUAAGACCGCAGGGAAGGACUUGGUGGCUGAUAAGGUUACUUACCCUAAGCUCUUGGGGAUAGAGAAAUCUAAGGAAUUUGCUGAAAAAUUGAACAAGGAUGCACAAGAACAGCUUUCUGGGUUUGACCCUCAUAAAGCUGCUCCUUUGAUUGCUUUAGCCAAUUACAUUGCUUACAGGCAAAACUAGACUCUGUUGUAUAAUAAUUGUUGUUUAGGCAAUUUAGUUUUAUUGCAACUAGGAGUGUAUCAUACAAUCUUUCCUUUUCUAUGUGCCUUUGCCUUCAAUUUUGUAUGAUGCAUAAUACCUUGAAUUUGUAAUUAAAUGUUAUAUCUUUAACGAGUAAGUUUACCUGUUUUUCCAUUUUACAAU